CCCAGACACGAACACUCCUUUGUGCUCGCGAGAUCGCUUCAGCAGAAAGGCAAAACAAACGCGUCAAGGCCUUGGCCGCGUCGUCGCCGAAUCCUUCAGCAUCUCUCCUAUUCACACGGAACCCCUCGCACUUCUUCGCAACUCCCAAACCCAUCCUACUCCGAUCCCCCUCCCCUCCUCUCCUCUUCCCCCAAAUCUCGCGCGCCGCGAAACCCUAGCCUGCCCUCCCCGCCAAUCCGCUCGCCGGAGGGAGGAGGGAGCCCCGCCGGCGCCGAUGGAGGUGAAGCUGUGGAACGACAAGCGGGAGCGGGAGCUCCUGGAGAGCUACGCGGACCUGUACGCGAUCAUCAAGGCGACGGAGAAGCUGGAGCGGGCCUACGUCCGCGACCUCGUCUCCGCCGCCGACUACGAGGCGGAGUGCCUCAAGCUCAUCUCCCAGUUCAACUCCCUCUCCUCCUCGCUCGCCGGCGCCGUCACCGUCCCGCGCUUCGUCCAGGCGUACCGCCUCGACUGCCCCGCCGCGCUCAACCGCCUCCUCCAGUCGGGCGUCCCGGCCACCGUCGAGCUCCGCGCCGCAUCGUCGUCCUCGGCGCCGGCCGCCACCGCCGCAUCCGCCGCCUCCAUCGCGCACUGCGUCCAGACCUUCAUCACCGCCAUGGACGCCGUCAAGCUCAACAUGCUCGCCAACGACCAGGUCCGCCCGCUGCUGCAGGACGUCUCCACCUCCAUGGCCAGGCUCGGCCCCCUGCUGCCGCCCGACUUCGAGGGGAAGGUCAAGGUGAACGAGUGGCUCAGCAAGCUGCAUAAAAUGGGCGCCGCGGAUGAGCUCACCGAGCAGCAGGCUAGGCAGCUCAACUUCGACCUCGACUCGGCGUACAGUGCCUUCUUGGCUGCGCUGCCUGCUGGCAUGUGACUGGGCAAGGAUCUGCCUGCUUCAUUCCUAUUUGGUUGGUUCUUUCUAUUUUGUUACACUUCUGACUGAGUGGAUCACUGUUGUAGUGCUAUAGAUACAUGUAAUUUUGGUUGUGCUAUAUUGCUGUUUAUAAGAAAGUUUCCAAUUUGUGGUGAAUUGACCUUGUGUUGGUGGUUUCUGUUUCAUUUAUCAAGUAAAUAUGUUUAUUGCA